CACUUGAAAAGCAACUGAAAUGACUACAAAAUCAAGUUGCUUUUGUAUGGAGUCAGCAGGGUAUGACUAUGUCUGCUCAGGAGGAGAAACCUCUAGAACAGAGAGAUGAGUGAGUACAUACAGAGAGCAGGCUAUCACACCAAGAGACAUGCACUCUCUACCAAUGCUGAACUCUACACCCAGGCAGCUACUUUGCUGCAUUUUGCUUUUAUAUAUAUCUGCAGAUAUAACUUCAUCUGAACAAAAACAACACAAGUCUGAAACUUUGCUACUAUCCUCAAUAAAAGAGAGUCUUCAGAUGGUUGACAGUGCAUUGCAUCUGACAAGAGAAGGCAGGAAUCACUCCCAGCCAUACUACAUGCAGAUGUUUGCUUUCUCCAGACAAGCAGCAGCAAGUUAUGAGAUAUCAAAUGCAGCAGAGGUCUUUCAAACCACUGUGUUACUUUUGAAGAAAAAGGAAAGUAGGAGGCAAAAAAGAUCUGUUUCUGUUUCAGAGCUUCUUUCCCUGGAGGAUGUGGAACUAAUAGCAAAUCUGUCUGGAUGUCCUCCACCCCUACAGCCAGCCAGCUGUCCCAUAGGAGGAGAUUCAGAGAAAUACCGCACCAUCUCCGGAGUGUGCAAUAACAGAAAUAAACCUCUUUGGGGAGCAGCCAACACGGUUUUGGCCAGAUGGCUCCCAGCAGAGUACGAGGAUGGAGAAAGCCAACCAAAAGGCUGGAACAUUGGGCACCAGUACAGCGGCUUCCAUCUUCCGCCUGUUCGAGAAGUCAGCAACAAAAUUAUGCAAAUCUCCAGUCAGUACCGCUUAGAUGAGGCGUAUUCCCAGAUGCUGGUGGACUGGGGUCAAUAUAUGGACCAUGACAUCUCCUUCACUCCUCAAAGCACAAGCAAAGCUGCCUUUUUGGAGGGACUCAACUGCUUACACACGUGUGGAAAUUUCAAUCCUUGCUUUCCGAUUCAGAUUCCUCUGCAUGAUAAACUAUUUGGAAGUAAGAGCUGUUUCCCAUUUUUCCGCUCUGCACCAGCAUGCCUAAAUGGCCCGACACACACUCCGCUCCCACAACAGAUGCUGCAAAGACAGCAGAUGAAUUCAAUCACUUCCUUCCUCGACGCAUCUACUGUCUACGGACAUGAUGUUGAAUUAGAGAAAAUGCUCAGAAACCUCUCAAGCUCUGAGGGCUUACUUGCAGUUAACAGUGAACACACUGAUGCUGCAGGUCAUGCUUACCUGCCGUUUGUCAAUAACCCCACGUCUCCAUGCUUCCAAGAGCCAGGUACAGGCCCAAGAAACCGCCUGGAGUGUUUUCUGGCUGGAGAUAGCAGGGUAAACGAGAUUCUGCCUCUUAUUGCUCUUCACACACUCUGGGUGCGGGAGCACAAUCGCAUUGCCACACGACUGAAACAACUGAACACACACUGGAGCUCCAAUACAAUCUAUCAAGAGAGCCGGAAAAUUGUUGGAGCUUUGCAUCAGAUCAUCACCAUGAGGGAUUAUAUUCCAAAAAUCAUAGGAGAAAAAGCAUUUGAUCAAAUCAUUGGACCUUAUGAGGGUUACGAUGAUACUAUAAAUCCUUCCAUCUCCAAUGUGUUUGCGACUGCUGCAUUCCGCUUUGGUCAUGCUACCAUCUCGACACACAUUAGGAGACUGAAUGAGAGCUUCCAAGACCAUGAACUUUUUCCUUCCUUAAAACUGCAUCAAACAUUUUUCAGUCCAUGGAGAAUAAUCAGAGAAGGAGGCUUGGAUCCAAUAUUGAGAGGUCUCAUAAGCCAACCAGCUACCAGACAAAACCAACAUCGUCUGAUGAAUGAGGAGCUGAGGGAGAAACUCAUGGUGCUCACUAUUCCAGAGGCACUCGAUCUGGCAGCUCUAAACCUCCAAAGAGGACGAGAUCAUGGCCUGCCAGGUUACAAUGACUGGAGGGUGUUCUGUGGAUAUGACAGAGUACAAACUGAAGCAGAUCUGAAGGAUGUGAUACAUGACAAUGCUUUGGUGGAAAAGAUAAUGGAUCUGUAUGGGCAUCCUGAUAAUAUUGAUGUGUGGCUGGCAGGUAUGGUAGAGGAUUUAGUGCCUGGCACCAGGACAGGCCCUCUAUUUACAUGCUUGAUCGGAAAACAGAUGAAGAUGCUUCGAGAAGGUGACAGGUUUUGGUGGGAAAGGCCAGAUGUGUUUUCCCAGCAGCAGAGACAAGAGCUACAGAGACAUUCACUGUCUCGAGUCUUAUGUGACAACAGUGGGCUGACAGAGGUUCCCAAUGAUCCCUUCAGUAUAGGAAUGUAUCCUGAACACUUUCUUCCAUGCACAAGUAUAACUUCAAUGAAACUGGACGCAUGGAGGGAGGACCCUGACAAAGUUAACUGAGAAAUUAAAUAGUACAAGAGUUUUAAAAAAAUCUGAUGUAUAUACAUGAGGAGAUUGAAACAGGUAUGAGGACUAUUUUCUCAACACAAGGUCAAAAUAAACAUUAGGAUUCAAGCUUACAGUCACCUCUAUUAGAUACAUUGAUUUAGGUCUGUAAAGCUAAGAGUGAGGUUUUAAUAUAAUGCAACUAUGGUUUAUCAAUACAGUACAAGUCAUCACUUUUAUUGUUCAGUGUUUGACUGAAUGUAGGGUCAACUUAUUGUUGAAUAAAAACUAGUUUUAUUUGUCUUAAUGUACUCAAGUUUUAAUUAGAGACAACCUUUUUAGCUACAACUCUGUCAUCUUGAGUCUGAUAUGCAUAGCUUUCAGAUUUCCAAUAUUUGAAAAAGGAAUAUUGCAUUGUAUAUGUAUAAAGGCCUGUACGAAGCUCAGCAAUGUGUUUCAAGGCAAGUGUGAGAUAAACACAUGCAUAUUCAUACAUUGUUAAACUGGUUGUGCAUUUUUUUUUAUACCCAGAUCUUUAUGACUGAUUAGAGUAUAUAUGAUUAUGAUUAGAGCAUAUGAUUGGUCCAUUGUAGUCUAAAGUAAUCAAGUGUUUUGUCUACCUCACAGUCUUUGUCCACCUCUAUUUUAAGAAUAUUUUCAAUGUUUAUUUGAAGUGCAUAUGUUAAUGUUAUUUAAAAAAGUUAUGACACAAUAAAGAUUGCCUCCAAAAAUUACCAGCUGGGAAAUUAUUGUUCUGUAAUACUUUUGAAAUGAGCCAUAGCUACAGAACCAGUGAGACACUCAUUUGUGCAACCAUGCAAUGAUUUAAAUUAUAUUUGUUGUUAUUUUAUGUGGCUAUAUUCUGCACAAAGGAUGAAGUAAAGCUUGUUAAUAGUAACCUAACAGCAGGAAUUAA